AUGUUAACUCAGCAAGUUGUUCCAGCCAUGUUCGCAAGGGUCACUUUUUAUCCAACGUUAGUCUAUAAUGUGUUCAUGGAGAAAAUUAGCUCCAGAAGGUGGUGGGAUAGAAUUGAUGAUACUCUAGUUGAUGAAGAAAAAGUCGUGGCUGUAGUAUCAAUGAAUGAAGACUACGAACUAAAACUUUUUUCAAAUUCCGCUGAAGAGUGGUCAAAAAACGGAGUCCAAUUUCUCCAACUAUCAACAACAGACAUUUUCGAAACACCUUGUCAAGAAAAAUUAGAAAAAGGAGUAAAUUUUAUAAACAAAUUCAGAGUCGAUGAAAAAAAUCCUGGAACAGUCUACGUUCAUUGCAAAGCUGGACGAACACGUAGCGCGACACUUGUCGGGUGUUAUUUAAUGAAGAGACACGGAUGGACUCCAAGUGAAGCCGUGGAAUUUAUGAGGAGCAAACGUAGCCACAUACUCCUGCACACUGCCCAGUGGAACGCGCUGAAAACUUUCCACAGUAGAAUAAAAAAUUAA